CGCAGCUAGCGCGCAUCUCCGAUCUGCACUGCACCUUCGUCUCCGAACAACGUCGGUCGUACUCGUACACCAUGAAGGCAGUCGUCGCGGCGACGAUGCUUCUGCUGGUGCUGGUGGCCGCGGCGACGGUGGCGAGCGCAGACCACCGUGACGACGGCCACCACCACCAGCGCCACCGCGGCCAGAGCUGGCACCGCCACAGCGGCGGCGGCCGAGAUGGCCGCCGGUCGACUCCUCUGGCCGGGCUGACGCAGUGCGUGACAAGCUGCGGGUCCGGGGUCACCUCCUGCAUGCUGGACUGCUACCAGCCGCUGGUCGACCUGGACCCCGUGGAGCUGCCCGUCUGCCUCCUCAAGUGCACCAACGACGCCAUGGUCUGCGCCACCGGCUGCCCCGUCACCGGGAACGUCUAGCUAGCUUGCUAUAGCUAGCCCAUCAUUAUAUAUAUAUACUUACUCAUCUUAAUUAUUAACCCCGCCAUUUAUUUAUUUAACUAGCCACCGAACCAAUCCAACGUGUUAUAUAAUAAGGAUAUGCAUGAUGACUAAAGGAUGUUGUUGUAAUACGUAGUAUGUAAGUCGCGUGUCCACAUUGCUACUACACCAUGACACCACCACCAUCAUAAAUAUACUGUUAUUUACAGGCCUUGCCUACU